ACGGGCCUCAGAGGGAACGGGAUCGUUCGCGAACAGCUGAAGCCCGAGUCCUCUCGCCUCCCCCAUUUCCCCUCUCUCUCUCUCUCUCUCUCUCUCUCUCUCUCUCCGUCCGGCGUUGGCAGAGAUGGCCGCACCUCUGCGCCGAUCAUUCUCCUUUUUGGCUCGCCUUACUCUCACCCGUUCUGUUUCUCUCUCCCAAACGAGAUUGCUCGCGUCGGACGCCCUCGUCGAACUCAGGCCCGGCGAGAUCGGAAUCGUUUCCGGCGUUCCUCGAGAGCACCUCCGGCGCCGGGUCAUAAUAUAUUCACCAGCUCGGACUGCUACCCAGCAAGGUUCCGGAAAAGUCGGAAAGUGGAAAAUCAAUUUUGUGUCAACCCAAAAGUGGGAAAAUCCAUUGAUGGGCUGGACUUCCACUGGAGACCCCUAUGCCAAUGUAGGUGAUGCAGGUUUAGCCUUUGACAGUGAAGAAGGUGCAAAAGCAUUUGCUGAGAAGUAUGGAUGGGAUUAUGUGGUGAGAAAGCCUCACACACCUCUUUUAAAGCCCAAAUCCUAUUCAGACAAUUUCAAGUGGAAGGGUCCACCCAAAACCGAAUAACGGUAGUUGUAUUAUUUCCUUGAUGCUGGGAGACGGGCAAAAUUUCAAGGUCCUGCUCUUUGUCAUUGUAGUAGUCCGGUUUGUGGUCUGCCAUGUGUCCACAAUAAUGGCGUCCAAAUCAAACAUGCAAGUAAACAUUGGUUUUUCACAGUAAAAUAUAACUGCAAACUCAUUUACCUCUA